AUGCAGCCUGGUGAAUUCCCCAUCGAGAAACAGCAAGGGUCGGGGCCUCGGUGCGGACUCGGUGGUAUAAUUACUAAGACGCACUUCGGUGGCGGAGAUGCCGCGGAGAACUGA